AUGGGAUGGUCUGUAAUCCUCCCGAUGGCGCAGCUCAAGCUAACGAAUCCCCGCAAUGACCAAGCGGUGAACCAAAAGGACACGCCGACAAUAGACAAGCUUGACGAGUUGUAUAAGAGUGACGGCGUCCCGCUUGCCAUAGCUGCUGCGCAAAAGGCCAUUGAGGAGGCCGGGAUUGACAUUAGGCAAAUCACUCACAUCGUGUCGACUACAUGCACGAAUAGCUCGAAUCCGGGCUUUGACCAUUAUGUGGCCAAGGGACUACAAAUAGCCCACCCGCCGGUCUAUGACCUCCUUGGCUGGGAUCACAGCAUGAUUCCGGAUACGGAAGGCGAUCUCGGAUUCGACGUUCACCCUAAUGGCUGGAAGGUUGUUCUCUCGCCCCGUGUGCCCAAGCUUACAGGUGGUGUCGUUCGGCCCGCAUUCACCAGGCUGAUGGAGGCUUUGCCAUCGCUACCCGCCGACUACGCCUCCGCGCCCGACUUUGAUUGGGCGAUGCACCCCGGAGGUGCCACGAUCCUAUCAGGUGCAGAGAAAGCCAUGGAUAUUCAAGCCGAGCACAUGCGCGCCAGCUACGACACAUACAUCAACCACGGGAACUCGAGCUCUGCCACCAUCUAUAGUGUCAUGAAUAGACUGCGAUCAAAGGAGAUGGAUGUGUUGGCGCCCGGGGUCGCGUACGCGAGGCAUUACUGGCCUACAAACACCCCCGAAACCGAGAGUGAAGGGAGCCGGAGUGAGGCCGGGGACGAGGCGGGCUCUGAUGAACGCAGAAGGAGUGGCGCCGAAGUCCUCGUUGCGCCAUCGCCUGCCGAGCCAGCUCGAGGGCCGGAUACCCGCGACGACUCUUCAAACUUUAUUGCAGAGGCAUUGGAAAACCUAGAGCUUGACUAG